AUGCAGCAGAACCAGUGGGGGCAGUAUCCCUACAGCCAGCAACAGCAACAGCCACCCCAGCUCCUCAACGCACAGCCCACAGGCUUCCACCCCCUCCAGCCAGUGCAGCCCGCCUUCAACCCAGCCCAGCAGCAGCAGCGCCCCCAGCCCACCGCCAACCUCUCCAUCCCAGCCGGCCAGCCCAACAACUAUGCCUUCCUCAACCAGCCCCCUGCCAGCGGCUUCCGCCAGGGCCUUGCCCCGCAGAUGACUGGCUACCCAGGCGCUCAGGGCACCGGGUCCGGUCUCAUGCCCCAGCAGACUGGCUUCUCCAGUGCCGGAAACGCGCGCAUGAUGCCCCAGCAGACGGGCUUCCACGGCGGUAUGAUGUCCCAGCCGACUGGCAUGAUGUCUCAGCCCACGGGGAUGGGUAGCGCUGGCAUCACCCCGCAGCGAACAGGGUUCCAAGGCGGAUUGAUGUCGCAGCCGACCGGGAUGCAGGGUCUGCAGGCGCAGCCGACCGGUAUGCCGCAUGACCCCAGGCUGCAGAGUAUGAUGCAGAGUUUCCUGCCGAGCAACUUGUCUCAACCUUUCUCUUCAGGCAUCCCUCAAUUCGCCCAGCCGGCGCAGCCUCUCCAGCAAACGUUCAACUCGCUCCUCCAGAACCCAUCGGUCAACACCCCCAAGAUCCCUUGGGUUCUUUCGCGCCAGGAAAAGAAGGACUAUGACCAGAUUUUCCGCGCGUGGGAUACUACUGGUCAGGGUUUCAUCUCUGGUGAUAUGGCAAAGGAGGUAUUUGGACAGAGUGGUCUGGGGCAAGAGGAUCUGAUGAAGAUUUGGAACUUGUCGGACGUGGACAACAGGGGCAAGCUCAAUCUCCCCGAAUUCCACGUCGCCAUGGGUCUUGUCUACCGAGCUCUCAACGGAAACACCAUCCCCGAUACUUUGCCCGAAGAGCUCGUACCGGCAUCCAUGCGUGACAUUGACUCCACCGUCAACUUCAUGAAGGAUCUCCUCAAACACGAGUCAUCUGCAUCUCGUUCUGCCACCUCCUCUCCUGGCUAUACUACUCCUCGUGACGCAAGCAAAGACGCUCUCCUCUAUAAACAUUCGGAUGACGUCUCCACUACCUACAAGCCUUCGUCGAGGCACCUGGACCGCAAGUCUGUGCGCUAUGCCGGUGAAGACCCCGAUGCUGGCUUGAAAGACAUUCGUCGCAAGCUCGAAAACACUUCUACCUUGCUCGAAAAGUCUGCCGAGAAGAGCAUAGAGGACGAAGAACUCGAGGAAGAGGUGGAGACUCUCCAGUACCGCCUCAAGCGUAUCCAAGAAGACAUCGAGUACUGCUCCAAGGGACGCAGGACUUCCGAGAAGGACGAGGAACGCCGCAAGCUUGAGCGAGAACUGCUUUUCUUGAUGCACGAGAAGCUGCCCGAGCUCGAGAGGAGGCAGGAAAGGAGAAAAGAGGAAAAGGCCAUGGAGGAGAGGGCUGGUGUCCGUCGCCGAGACGACCGAAACCGAACACAGUCCCGGUACGACGACCGGGACAGUAGGGAUGAUUACGGUGGCUACCGCGGCACCUUUGACAGAGAGAAGGAGAAGGACAGGUACGACCGUGGCGGCAGAUAUGACGACUACGACAGGCGAGAUAGGGACCGGUCACGAGACAGACGCGAUGACUAUGAUCGUUACGACCGUGACCGUCGUGGCUCGAGAGACGAGCGAGACCGAUAUGACCGUCCUCGAUCGCCUGUUGGGGCGCGAUCACCGCCUCCUCCUCCUCCCGCGCCGUCGGCUGCUACCUCUGCCCAGCCUCCUCCUCCUGCUCCGACCUCUUCGGCUGCGGUGCCCAGCACCAAGAACAUGACUCCCGAGGAGCGCAAGGCAUUCAUCCGUGAACAGGCUCAGCGCCGAAUCAACGACCGUCUUCGUUCGCUUGGUAUCGAGAGCGAGACCAAGCAGGACGAAGUCGACAGUUCCGUUCAGGACAGACUUGAGAAGGAAAAGAAGGAGGCCGAGGAACUGUCGCGCAAGGCGGAUGAGGAGCAAAAGGAGAGGGAGGAAGCGAGGAGAAAGAAGUUGGCUGGAGUGAACGGUGCCGAGGACCUGCCGACGGACAAGCCUGCCUCUCCUGCUCCAUCUGCACCCUUGAAGAGUGCUCUGAAGAAACCUCCCCCAGCGCCCGCCCCUCGAGCCAAGCCCUCUGCGCCCGCGCCUCCUGCCUCCAGGGCUCCUGCUCCUGCCCCUCCCGCUCCUACUCCACGAGCCCCUCCCGCUCCCAAGGUGCCCGAAGAAGACCCCGAGGAAGUCGAGUUUCGUCGAUUGGAAGAAGAGGCAGCUAGGAAGAAGGAGGAGAGGAAGAAGAGACUGGAAGCUAUGCAGAGGGAGGAGGAGGAAGAGAGGCAAAAGGAAGAGGAGCUGUUGGCUGCUAGGAAAAACAGAAGCUUGGGCCCUAGCCCUGCUGCCGCAUCCCCUGCCCCUCCUUCGCCAACCCCUCCAGCCCCGCCAGCCCCUCCUGCUCCCCCUGCAGCUGAGCAAGCAUCUGGCUCUUACAAUCCUUUCAGAAAGCCCGGAGGUGCUCCAGCCGCAUCACCCGCUCCCGCGUCAGGCGGCUUCAAUCCAUUCUUCAAGCCUGCUGCUGCCGCGACGGCUUCUCCUGCCGCAAAGUCGCCCGAGCCCUCCGUGUCCACCCCUGCGCCAGAGACAGCCCCUCCUCCUCCUCCUCCUCCUCCACCUGCGCCCCCGGCGCCCCCGGCGCCUGCCCCGCCAGCCUUCCAGCCUCCUCCCAGGGCGCCUCCAAGUGAGCCAGAGUGGGAAGACAUUACCGAGAAGCAAGUCGAGGAUUCCGACUCUGACUCUGAUGACGAGUUUGCUUCUUCUCGCGCUGGCCGUCAAGGUCUUGCUCAGGCAUUGUUUGGCAACAUCAUGGGUGGAUCAGCACCCUCGCCGACUACAUCGAGACCUGGCUCAGCGGCUCCCAAAGCUGCCCCCAGAACUUUAAAUGUCGGUGGCGGUAAUCCUGGACAGGGUAUGAGCGCGCUGCUGUCCUCUAUUCAGGGCGGUGCCAGAUUAAAGAAGACACAGACUGUCGAUAAGAGCGGGCCUCCCGGCGUGGGAUCAGUCAUCGGCGAUGCUGCUCCUCCGGCUCAUAUCAGCGCCACACCACGAGAACACGCGCCUCCUCCUCAGGCGCAGGAUGCUCCUGCCCAUACUGAAGAACGCGCCUUUUCCCCUGCGCCUGCUUCUGAGGAUUCUUAUGUCGGCGGCAACCCCAAUAGACAGAGUGUGGACUGGUAUGCUGGGCUGGCAGCGGACGCCUCCCAUCCGGCGGCCAGCGUUGGCGAGACCUCCUUGCUUGAACCUACGAAAGAGGUCGAAGAGGAGCAGGAGGUGUACCAGAGCCUUAGAGGGCCGGAAGUCGUUGUUGACAAGGCCGAAGAUGAGGACGAGUUUGACCUUUCAACGACUCUCCGAGUCAGGUCAUUGUACGAGUUUGUCGGCUCGAGAGACGUCGACGUCAGCUUCAAGGAAGACGUCGUCAUUGACGCUCAUCCUGCCAAGGACCCGAGCAGCCCCUGGUGGUACGGUACUGUGGUGAAGGACCAGUCCAAGGGCUGGUUCCCUAGCAACUACGUUGAACAGAUCCAAGCCGUCCCCGCCCAGGCUCUGUACUCGUACGCCCCCGAAGAGGCCGACCAGCUUCCUUUCGCCGAAGGCGACAAGCUCUCCGUUAUCGACCACUCAGAGCCCGACUGGUGGAAGGCCGAGCACUCUGGUGUAAUCUUCUUGGUCCCUGCUGCCUAUUUGGAACUCCAAGGUUAG